AUUUAUGACGAUCUGUGACAAACUAAAUUUCACGAGAGUGAAGCCGCAGACAAAGUUAGUGUUGUAAUAAUACUUAUGCCAGGUGCUUGAGGUUUACUGUGAGGGUUCUAUGACUUAAGUGGGUUGAUGAAAAAAUUGCUGAAAUGAAUGACUCAGUGAUAAUAGAAAAAUCUAAACGCGGAAAUGACAUACUGAUUAAUAGUGGUUAUGAGUUUUGUUUGAACAAAAAUGUGAAUGACAAAUUUUAUUGGUGCUGCGUGCACAAGCAAAGGAAGCAGUGUUCCAGUACUAUGACAACCGAAUUUUCUGAAGGUAAUGGGCAUUCCGUAGUUAAAGAUAUGACUGAACACUCUCACUCUCCUGACGCUUCAUUAUUGUCGUCAAUAUCAUUUAAAAACAAGUUAAAACAAGACGCGGCUGCCACUUCGAUAAAACCUGUACAGAUAAUUCAGGCUAAUUUGGAAGCUGUACCAAGCACAAGUGCAUCGAGCCUGCCAAAUAAAAAUGCCAUGAGGCAAGUUAUAUAUCGCGCUAGAAAAAAAAAUAAACCUAAAGAACCGCUGACUUUAGAUGAUAUUGAUAUACCAUCUGAAUAUGUUUUCGUCGAAGGAGAACGGUUUUUGGCGCGUGACACGAAAUAUGGCGGAAAAAAUCGCAUGUUGUUAUUUUGCACUAAGCAAAAUAUAAAAAUACUUUCCGAGUCAUUAGUUUGGUUGAUGGACGGAACUUUUAAAACUUGUCCAGCCUUGUUUCGUCAGAUCUAUUCCAUUCAUGCUAUAGUUGGACAUGAUGAUAAAACCAAAAAGACAAUACCGUUGGUUUACUGUCUAUUGACCGAUAAAACAGAAGAGAGCUAUUUGGUUUUUAUAAGAGAACUUAGAUCAUUUGCUGCAGAAUAUGAAUAUGAAUUGAAUCCACGCCAUAUUGUAACUGAUUUCGAAAUUGCAAUCAUAAACAUAAUCAGGAUUGAUUUCCCUGAUGCUCAUCAUCAAGGUUGUUUAUUCCACCUUGGUCAAAAUGUGUGGAGGCAGAUACAACGAUCUGGGUUAGCUUCGCGCUAUGGCAGUGAUAGUGACUUUUCACUGAAAUUGAGACAUUUAAUUGCUCUGGCCUAUCUUCCGCCUGAUGAAAUCCCCGAAGCCUUCAAAUCACUCAAGGAAAGCGUACUACCUGAAGAAGCUCGAAGCGUCACUGAGUGGUUUGAAACUUACUAUGUUUUGGGAAAACUUGUGUCUCAACCCAGUAAUAGUACAUCAGUCUUCAUUUCAAGAUCUUCGCCAAUGUUCCCCCCGCAAUUGUGGUCUAUAAAUACGAACAAUCACCUGCGAUUGCCCAGAACCCAAAAUAAAGUUGAGGCAUGGCAUCGUAGGUGGAACAGUCUGUUAAAUAAUAACCGACAUGGCCUGUAUGAAACCAUUCGGGAAUUGAAGAAGGAACAAACCACCACCAACCAUGCAAUUGAAAAAACCUUAGCUUGCAUUCCGAAGACCCCGCCCCGAAAAAAAAUUAAAGAACGUUCGCAUGCACUUUUAAAAUUAAGCGAAAAACGGCAUACUAUGGAUUUACUUCAAUUUUUAAGAGGUGUGGCAAACCAUACUGAAUUGUAAAUAGGUAAUUUGUUUGUGCAGA